GUGGGACUUAAACACGGCAUAUUCCUCCUCCUCUCUCUCUCUCUCUCUCUAUCUCUCUAUAGUUCUUCUUUUCUUCCUUGCCCUCCGAAACAAAACUCUUUCCCUAGCGCCCACAUCGCGACCUCGGAUUGCCGGCUGUUCCAACGUUACUUCUAUUUGACUCCCAGGUUACUGAAGUUUAAGUUGGCCAAGUUCAUCUGGUCUACAUAUUGCUGGCAAUAUAAAGGCUAAUGUUAUUGAGUUCAUUUUCAUCUCAGAGCAUCAUUUUAUUACCUGUACAGCUUCUUUAUUGAUGGCUGGUACUGGUUCUUUGCAAGUGUCUCUUCAAUUGGGAAUAUGCAAGAACCAUAGAUGUAAUAAACAAUUCCUGAAUGUGAGGCGAAGCAGAAGAUUACAUUUGCUGCGUGCCAAUCUUCCAUCAUCUGCUUUUCGAGAGGAUCCAUGGAGUAUUGGUCUUUCAGGCAGUGUAUACAGCCCAAUAUGGUCCAUCCAAUAUAGAAGAAAAAGGUUUAAGUGCCACUCAAUGCUGGAUCCAGGCAAACCCUUUCAAAUUUCUUUUAUGAAGAAUACAGCUACUGCUUUCAUGAGGUCAUAUAAUGCUUUUCAAGGUAGUCCUACUUUACUUAAGUUGGUUUCAGCAGUAGGUAUUAUCGUUUUUGCUGUAUGGGGUCUUGCACCACUCAUGCGUCAAAGCCGAAACAUAUUUCUUCAUAAGAGUGAUAGUAGUUGGAAAAAGAGUAGCACACAUUAUGUCAUGGCCUCUUAUCUUCAACCUUUGCUGUUGUGGACUGGAGCAAUGAUCAUCUGCAGGGCCUUGGAUCCAAUGGUGUUACCUUCAGAAGCUAGCCAAAUUGUUAAGCAACGCCUGUUGAAUUUUACAAGAUCAUUGUCAACUGUGAUGGCUCUCGCUUACUGCUUAUCAAGUGUAAUUCAACAGGCGCAAAAAUUCUUAAUGGAGACAAAUAACUCAACUGAUCCAAGAAAUAUGGGCUUUCAAUUUGCUGGCAAAGCUGUAUACACUGCAGUGUGGGUUGCUGCUGUUUCAUUGUUCAUGGAGCUACUAGGUUUCUCUACCCAGAGAUGGCUUACUGCUGGAGGUCUUGGGACUGUACUGCUGACACUUGCUGGUCGUGAGAUAUUUACAAAUUUCCUCUCAAGUGUUAUGAUUCAUGCAACCCGGCCUUUUGUGGUGAAUGAAUGGAUUCAAACAAAGAUUGAAGGUUAUGAAGUUUCUGGCACUGUAGAGCAUGUGGGUUGGUGGUCACCAACCAUUAUAAGAGGUGAAGAUCGGGAAGCAGUUCACAUACCAAACCAUAAAUUCACAGUUAAUGUUGUGAGAAAUAUCACUCAAAAAACUCAUUGGCGUAUUAAAACCCAUCUGGCUAUUAGUCACUUGGACGUCAACAAGAUUAAUAACAUUGUUGCUGAUAUGCGCAAAGUUUUAGCAAAGAAUCCUCAAGUAGAGCACAAGAAAUUGCACAGAAGAGUAUUUUUGGACAAUAUUAAUCCUGAAAAUCAGGCCCUUUUGAUCUUGGUCUCCUGCUUCGUGAAGACUUCUCAUCUUGAAGAAUACCUGUGUGUCAAGGAAGGUAUAUUGAUGGAUCUCCUGAGAGUCAUCAGCCAUCACCGUGCUCGGCUUGCCACCCCUAUUCGUACAGUUCAGAAAAUAUAUGAAGACUCUGAUUUGGAAAACAUACCAUUCUCAGACUCUAUAUUCACUCGUGGUGGAGCAGCAUCUAGCCGCCCUUUGCUACUGAUUGAACCCCCAUACAAAAUCAAUGGAGAAGACAGGACAAAAACCCAAACCCGGCCAAUGCGCUCAACUGGAGAGCAAGACAAUAAAGCAGCAGCGCGACCCACAGCUGAUGGCAAAGCACAUGCUAAGGGUGGAACGACACUAGUUUCAGACUCUAAAGCGAAAGAGAGACCAUCUUCUGAUUCCACCACAAGGGAUGUGCCAGCAUCUGAUACAAAAAUAGAUUUGAAGGCUGGAGAAAUGUCAAACUCUGAUACCAAAGGGGAAAAUAGUGCAGUGACAUCUGCAUCUGAUCAUAAGAUUGUUGAUAAAGUAAUAACAAAAUCAACAACAAGGCCUCCCACUAAGAUUGCUUCUGAGUUUGCUGAGGUGUCAAGCUCUGACUCCAAAUCCUUUGGCUCAACUUCUAACCAAAAAAUCUCUGAUAACAAGCAUCCUAAGAAAACAGGUCUGGGCAUUGCUCGGCCGAACAGUCCAGUUGAUAGUCCUUCUGCUCCUCCAUUUGAUACUGGUGCUGAGAAACCAGGUGCUCGUCAGUCCAUCUUGCAACCAAAACAAGAAAUUGAGAGUCAAACACAGCCACCUUUGCCAAAACCUCCCUUGGAAGAGAAUAUUCUUCUUGGUGUUGCUUUGGAGGGCUCAAAAAGAACCCUUCCUAUAGAGGACGAGUUGGCUCCCUCUCCAGAUGAAGCAGAGGUGAAGGAAUUGGCCACAUGCCGAAAGAGGAAUGGAUCUCCUGCAACUGAAAAAGAUAAGAAAGAUGGUAAGCUUCCUAAUGCUCCUAGCACAACUUCUGUGGAGCAGAGGGAUCAGCAGCAGGGGUAAUCCUAGUCCAAGCCUUUGACUUUUGUGCAGUAUGAGUUUGUAUCUAUCUAGUUGCAAGGCUGCGCUGACUCUAAAAUGCAGUAUAAACUUCAUUGUGUCUUCUCUAUAAAUUUUCGUUAUUCCGAGAUAGGAUUCCUUUCCUCUCUAUGAACUUUCAUAAUUCUUGUCAGAGCUCACCUGUAAAUGCUUCUAUUUUUUCUGCCAUUGCUGCAGUAUACAGAAAGUGCCUUCUUGAGUUCUUGAUACA